GCCAGUCACUUUGUUAAACAUGCCCCAGCUAUCAGGCGGAGGAGGAGGUGGAGGAGGAGACCCGGAGCUGUGCGCCACGGACGAGAUGAUCCCCUUCAAGGACGAGGGGGACCCGCACAAGGAGCAGAUCUUCGCCGAGCUCAGCAACUCGGAGGAGGAGGGAGACCUGGCCGACAUCAAGUCGUCCCUGGUCCACGAGUCGGAGAGCAGCCCCAACAGCAACAGCCACGACGCGGUAAGACAAGAUUCAUAUCACGAAAAACACAGAGACCAUCUGGAUGAUGGGAAACAUCAUGACAUGUACGGCAAAAGCCAUCCGUACUCGGGCUACCCAGGCUACAUCAUGAUGACUAACAUGAACGACUCCUACAUGAACAAUGGCUCCCUCUCUCCACCCAUGGGCAGAACGUCCAACAAAGUCCCCGUGGUGCAACCGUCCCAUGCGGUCCACCCACUCACCCCGCUGAUCACGUACAGUGACGAGCACUUCGCUCUAGGAUCUCACUCCGGACAUCAUCACCAGGAUGGCAACAACAAACAAGGAAUGCAAAGGCAUCACCAGGGCCCGGACAUGACCAACUUCUACUCCCUAUCACCUGGAGGAGUGGGACAGAUCACGCCACCACUGGGAUGGUUCUCACACCACAUGGUGCCUGGCCCCCCAGGCCCUCACGCCACAGGGAUCCCCCACCCGGCCAUCGUCAACCCGCAGGUCAAACACGAGCCACCGCAUGAAACAGACAUCAUGCACAUGAAGCCCCAGCAUGAGCAGAGAAAGGAGCAGGAGCCCAAAAGACCGCACAUCAAGAAGCCACUAAACGCCUUCAUGCUCUACAUGAAAGAGAUGCGUGCGAAUGUGGUCGCCGAGUGCACGCUGAAGGAGAGCGCCGCCAUCAACCAGAUCCUGGGACGAAGGUGGCAUGCUUUAACUCGGGAAGAGCAAGCUAAGUAUUAUGAGCUAGCCCGCAAGGAACGGCAGCUCCACAUGCAGCUCUACCCAGGCUGGUCCGCUCGAGACAAUUAUGGAAAGAAGAAGAAGCGGAAGAGGGAGAAGAUGCAGGAAACGACCCCAGGUACAGGCCAGAGAAUGAAAACGGCGUACAUCUGAGAAAAUGGAGGAAAACGGAACAAUUUCUCCACAUGCAAAGCGAAGGCAGCAGCUACGGGCCCUCUUCUAGAGAUGGAGGCCUGUUAGAUUUCAUGA